AUGAAUCGUUCAAGAGUACAAACAGCUUUACCGUCAUCGAAAAAGACCCAUUCUGAAAAACAUAAACAGAUUUUAAAGCAACUUUUAAAAGAGAAUGGAAAUAGAACUUGUGUUGAUUGUAAAACCACUGCUCAUCCAAGAUGGGCUUCAUGGAAUUUAGGAUGUUUUAUAUGUAUUCGAUGUUCAGGAAUCCAUAGAAGUAUGGGAACUCAUAUUUCAAAAGUGAAAUCUGUUGACUUAGAUGCUUGGACUGACGAGCAAGUUGAAUCAAUGGUAAAGUGGGGGAAUGAAAAAUGUAAUUCAUAUUGGGAAGCCAAAUUACCUGAUGGAUAUAUUCCUGAUCAACUGAAGAUUGAAAACUUCAUCCGUACUAAAUAUGAUAUGAAGAAAUGGGUAGGUUCAUCAAAUAUUCCUGAUCCAAUGAAGAUUCCAAGUUCUAAGAAAGCUAAUGAUCUAAUGGAAACCACAUCCACUAAUUCUGUUCAAUCAACACCUGCUCCAACAACUUCCAAUUUACUUGAUGAUGAUUUCGGUACUUUCACAUCAGCUUCUUCAUCAACUCCUUCAAUCUCCAAACCUGUUAAAUCAGUUUCAACUCCUCCAGCUCCAAUUCCUGCUGCAAAAGAGUCUCCUAAAUCAUUACCUAAAUUACCAAUUCAAACUUCAUUCUCUCCACAAACGACUGGUAAUGGUCGACCUGAUUUAAAGAAAUCAAUAUUAUCAUUAUAUUCUUCCCCAUCAUCAUCAAAUUCGAGCUUUAUUCAACCAAAAGCUCCAACACCCAUUCAAGUUCAAUCAGUUUCAAACCCUCCUUCAAAUUCUUAUGAUCCAUCAGCUUCAUUAAGCAAUUCAUUACAAGGAUUAAAUUUCGGUUCAAACCCAACCCCAGCCCCAGUCCCAAUUAAUAACACAUUGAAUAGCUCGCAUAGUACCAUUAAUUCCACCAACUCCACUAAUUCUAAUCAAAAAGCAUGGAACAAUGAAUGGUCUGAUAUUAAUAAUAAUAAUACUUGGAAUAAUAACACAUCAGUUAAUAAUACUGUCAAUAAUAAUUCUUUAGAUGAUGACCUUUUCAAGAAUGUUUGGAAAUAG